UCUACCUUCCGCGCAGCCUGCAGAGACCCAGCCCCGGGAGUGCAGACAGCGCUGAGAGGAACAAACUCUGGUCUAUCUCCAACCACAGCUCCCGGGCCAUGGCGUCCCCCUUCCCCACCAGAGCCUGGGAGCAGCUUUCCAGCAAUGCCACCUCACCCAUGGCCAACAACAGCACCGUGCCCACCUCCAACAUCCUUGACCAGCUCUCGGUGGCCAUCUUCGUGGUCUCCUCCCUGCUGGGCAUGGUAGGCAAUGGCCUGGUGGUCUGGGUCACCAGCUUACGCAUGCGCCGGACGGUCAACUCGAUCUGGUUCCUGAGCCUGGCGCUGGCCGAUCUGCUCUACUCCCUGCUGCUGCCCUUCUACGCUGCCAAGACCGCCAUGGGCCAUCACUGGGCCUUUGGCAACUUCCUCUGCAAAGCCGUUGGCGCCCUCCUCUUCCUCAGCAUGUUCGCCAGCGUCUUCCAGCUGACACUCAUCUCGACCGAUCGCUGCCUGCUGGUUGCCCGGCCUGUCUGGGCCCAGCAGUUCCGCACGCCGCGCUGGGCCUGGGGGGCAGCCGGCGUGGCCUGGGUGCUGGCCGGGGCUUUCUCAGCCCCCUACCUGGUCUUCCGGCAGGUGAACUGCCGGGGCAAGCGCUGCUUUUGCAUCAACAAUUUCGGGGAUGUGGCGACAAGGGUGGCACGGCAGCAGGCCCUGAUCGUGGUGCGGUUUGUGGCCGGCUUCCUGGCACCGCUGCUGGUCAUCACAGCCUGCCACGUGGUCGUGAUGCUGCGGGCUGGGCACCGGGGCCGCCGGCCCAACCGUACGGCCAAGGUGGUGGCUGCUGUGGUGUUGAGUUUCUUCCUCUGCUGGCUGCCCUACCACAUCUUCAACUUCCUGCACGGCUGGGCAGGCAAAAGUGCAGCCAUCAAGGUGGGCUCCUCCCUGGCCUUCAGCCUCACCUGUCUGAGCUGCUUCCUCAACCCCCUGCUCUACGCCUUCCUGGGCCGCCGCUUCCAGGAGGGGUUGCGGGGUAGCAGCCGCGCCCGCUGGCUGGAGGCUGCCAUGGCCGAGGACUCACUGGGCUCAGGCAGCGGACACCGGCGCAACCGCUCGCGGGGCUCCACCACUUCCUCUGAGCUGCGGAUGAUGCAGCCGUGAUGGGGCAGGGGAAGGGGCCAGGAUCCCAUGCGAGGGGAGUGGGGGCAGCUGUGGGAUGGCACCGAGCAGUGCAUGCUGGGAGCCCAGACUCAUGCUGGAGCAGUGCAUGCGGGGAGACCAUGGGACAUGGCGGAGCAAUGCAUGCUGGGAGCUGUCGUCAUCUCUCUGGGCUGAGCUGGAGCAGUGCACGCUGGGAGCCUAUGGACCACACUGGAGCAUGGCAUGCUGGGACCCCAGAGCCUCACCAGAGCAGUGCACGCUGGGAGCCCAUGAGCCGCGCUGAAGCAGUGCAUGUGGGGAGCUGUCGUCAUCAGCAUAGGCCAUGCAGGAGCACUGCAUGCUGGGAACCCAUGGGCCAUGCUGGAGCAGUGCAUGCUGGGAGCUUAUGGGUCACACCGCAAAGGAGCAUGCUGGGAACUCUUGCCGUCAUUGGCCACACCGGAGCAAUAACAGGCCACACUCCUUUCCCAUGCUGCAGGAACUCAGUGAUACCCCUGGCCGCCACCCCGCAGGGUGGGCAGGGCUGUUACAAGGCUGUGGCCAUGAUGGUUGCCAUGGAUACCACCACCUGGCCACCAUUUUGGGGCCUGGUUUUCAGACCGGGACAGAGUGAAUCCUAAAACCAGGUUCUUUUUAUACAGAAAGCUCAGAUCUACUUUUGUUACAUCGACCACCCCACUGGUUGGUGUAUCCUUCCACCAGUUAAUAUAGUCCAUCCAAAAAAAAAAAGAAUUCUGGGAAUCCAGCUUACUUUACACAGGAGCCGGCUCUACUUUCACAGGACAGCUACUGAGCAUCCUUCCACUACAAAAGUAGUCCUCCAAAACACAGGUCUCAAAACUGGACCCUUUUUAUACAGAGCCAGAUCUACUUUCAGUAUAUUCUGAUCGUGUGUCCAUCUGCCAAAAAAAUGCAGCCAGGUCUUCGGCAGUAAUUCGGCUGCAGUGGGCCCUUCCAUUCUGGGACCUGCCAUCAAAGUGCC